AAGAGCCAAACGUCUAAAUAAACACAAAUUACAUACAUUAUUAGUUUUUACUUUCAUGAUUAACUUGUAAAAUCUUGCUCAUAAAGCGUUUUUUUUUUAAUUCUGUGAACAUUAAGAUACAAGAAACAUUGGACACAUAAGUGGGACAGAUUCUUCUUGCUAUAUACGACGUAUCUAUAAAAUGGAUUUAAAUAAACUCCCAAAUGACAAAAAGCUUGAGCUUUGUAGGAACUAUUUCAAAGUUGGAUGUGUAUUUUUGCCAUUUGUGUGGGCGGUUAAUGCAGUGUGGUUCUUUAAUGAUGCCUUCAAAAAACCACCAUUUGAUGAACAAAAGGAGAUUAAAAAAUAUGUGGUAUUUAGUGCAAUCGGAGCAAUAAUAUGGAUUAUAGUGCUCUCUGUUUGGGUGGCAGCAUUUCAACUGAAUAGGGUGGCGUGGGGCUCUGUUGGAGAUAGUCUUUCAUUUAUUUUACCCUUGGGAAGAGCUUAAUAUCUUAUAAGUUUAUACUUAGAUUUAUAUCUAAUUUGUUAAUAAGUAAAUUUAUUGUAUUAAAUAAAAUUGACAUGCUGAGUGCACUGUAUAUGA